AUGGGGAAGAGCGACCCAGUGACGAGACUUGGUAGUUUAAUUGCGAGCUUCUCCAUCAUUGUUCGCAAUUUCUUGGUGAUUGAGAUCUGCCUUCACUAUGGUGUGCUCGUUCCUAUGAAAUUAUAUAAUUUUCACAAUGUUACUGGAGGAUGGGUGAUGAACGAUGAGGCAAACUCUCACUGGUUAUCAGUCAUUCAACAACUCACUACCGGACACCAGUGGUUGAUCGAAAAUCUGGGAUAUACACCACGAAACAGCUGGUCCAUUGAUCCGUUCGGCCAUUCCAGCACUCAGCCAUACUUGCUAAAGCUGGCUGGUUUCGAAAAUUCCUUGAUUCAGCGCAUACAUUACAGAAUUAAGAAAGAGUUGGCCCGCGACAGACAUUUAGAAUUCAGAUGGCGACAAUUGUGGGAUGGAACGGGCAAAACAGAUAUGUUUACACAUAUGAUGCCAUUCUAUUCAUAUGACGUACCUCACUCCUGUGGCCCAGAUCCUAAGAUAUGUUGCCAAUUUGACUUCAAGAGAUUACCCGGUAAUGGCGUGAAUUGUCCUUGGGGGAUGGCUCCAAUUAAAAUCAUUCAGAAAAAUGUAGCUGAAAGAGCGUCAUUAAUAUUGGACCAAUGGCGUAAGAAAUCACAACUGUACCGGAGCAAUGUGGUACUGUUUCCUCUCGGUGACGACUUCCGGUACGACCGUAAGAAUGAAUGGGACAACCAGUAUUCGAACUAUGAAAUGUUGAUAGAUUAUAUCAAUAAUAAUGACGCCUGGAACGCGGAGGUGCUGUACUGCUGA